ACUUUUAACACUCAGUUAACUUCCAUCUAUUUUUAAAGCUCUGAGCCUUAUUUCUCUGUCACUCCUUAGAACUGCAGACAUUUCUCAAAGUAGUCUAAAGAAUUCAUCUUUGCUAUCAUUUUCAUUGUCAACAUUGGCUCUUUUCCAGUCUCUUUUUCUUCUGUUUCUUUCAUAAAUAUACUAAAACCAGAACCAUACAUGGAUGCUAACAAAUUUGCCACUAUGUUGCAUAGAAGCUCAACAAAAAUCAAGCAUGCUCUUGUGUUUGCAGGUCUUGAAUGGGCUCUUAUAAUUCUCCUCCUGCUUAACGCGCUCUUUCAAUAUAUGAUCGUCAAGUUUGCCAGCUACUUUGGCCUAAAGCCACCAUGUUUUUGGUGUUCUCGUGUUGAUCACUUGAUUGAGCCAAGAAGAUGCAGUAAUUUACAUAGAGAUCAUCUCUGUGAAGCCCAUAGUGAGGAGGUUUCGAAGUUGGGUUACUGUUCAGCUCAUCAGAAGUUGGCUGAUUGUCAGAGUAUGUGUGAGGAUUGCUCGUCCUCAAGGCAGGACUUUUGUGGUUUUUCACUGAAGUUCAACUUUGUUCAAUGGGUGAAAGCAACUGGAGUGAUUCUUAAUGAUGAUGAUAUGGUUAUUAAGAAUGGUGUGGAGGGGCUAUGUUCUUGUUGCGGUGUGAUCUUUGAGAGGCAAAUUUACGCUCCUUAUGUUCCGAUCAAACCUUCGAAUUGGAAUCAUUUCAAGUAUGAUAUUCAAGAGAAAAACUUGAUUACAGAAAAAAGUGAAAAUCAGUAUUAUGGUAAGAAUGAUGAGAAAUCAGAUUUUUAUGGAAUAGAUUUCGUUAUUGCACAUUUUAAUGGUGAUGAUCAUGGAUUUAAAGGCAAGCUUGAGAAGCUGAUGUUAUCUAGUGUAGAUGGAGUUUUAGAAGGAGAUAUUGAAUUGAAUGAAGAAGUUUUUGGCAUUACUAUGAAUGAUCCAAGUUCUGAUGAAAUUGUGCAUCAACAAAGUCGCGAAAAAGAUGCAUCUUUUGAAAUUCUGCAGCAGCAUUUGGAAUUCUUAAUUGACGGUACUGGCCAGCAACUGGUUCCAGUUGAAUCGAUAGGUUCAACAACUGCAGAUAAUGAUACCAAGUACGGUGUUGAAGAUCAUGAGAAAAAUAGUGAUUGUCUGGAAGCCCCCCUGGUAUAUGAAGAUGUUUUUGCAGCUCCAGUUGUUUCUGAUCAAGAAAAUACUGAGGAAACUGAGUUUGCUGAGAAUUAUUUACUUGUGCCACCUCAAGAUGGCGAUUUAGUACAUGAACAAAUUAUCCAGAUUAAUGUCCAAGACACUGCACCAUACUUUCUUGCAGUUUCUGAAGAAGGAUCGGAAAUGCAACUCUAUCAAGCUGAAAAGGAAGCCCCAACAUGUACAGAAGUUGCGUUAGCAGAUAUGGAAGGAGGAGACCAGGAUGUCCCAAUUGGAACAGCUACUGAAGACUUAUCAACAUUCAUGAUGAGUGACACUGAUACAGAGGUCUCAAUCGGAGCAGAGAUUCCUGAUCUCAAUUCAACUGAAGACGCUUAUACUGAAGACAAUCACUGUUUACAUGCAGAAACAUCUGCAAGUUGUACUAGUUUCCAUGCACAUUACGAACAUGGUUCCGAGACAGAUUCCCAAGAAACAGUUGAUCUGAGUACCUUCAUGAUCGAGUUAAAUGAUCACAACAUAAACAGUCAAUCAUCAGUAUAUUUUGAGAUUAAUGGAAAUGAGGAUGAAAAUUUUUGUGAAAGGCCUAAUUCAUCAAAUGGUCAUUCUCAUGUAGACAAAACAUCGCUUUUCCAUCAGAGAAAAGACUCCGAGGCUGAUGAAUCUUUGGAAGGGAGUGUUAUAAAUGAGUUUGAUGAUGAAGUCAUGACUGUUGAAAGCCUAAACUCGACACUGAGAGCCGAGAGGAAGGCUUUAAAUGUUGUAUAUGCAGAACUAGAAGAGGAAAGAAAUGCUUCAGCAGUAGCUGCCAGCCAAACUAUGGCCAUGAUUAAUAGACUGCAAGAGGAGAAGGCAGCUAUGCAAAUGGAGGCCUCACAUUAUCAAAGAAUGAUGGAGGAGAAGUCGGAAUAUGAUCAAGAAGCAAUGCAACUAAUGAAUGACCUAAUGGUGAAGAUGGAUAGCGAAAGGCAGUGGUUAGAGAAAGAAUUGGAGGUUUGCAGGGAAAAGUUGCUGGAUUAUGAGGCCAAAGAGAACAUGGUUAUGCUACAAAGAAGCAUGGAUGAAAGUGCAAAAAUCGGAUUUUCAUCUGUCUCAUGCUGCACUGAAGAGGACAGUGAUGAGAUAUCCAUUGAUUUAAACAAGGAAGAAAAUAAGUCUUAUGGUCAUCAAGGAAAUGGAUGCCUCAAUACCCCAGUUAAAGAUGUUCUAUAUUUCCGGGAUCAAUUUGGAAGCAUUGAUGAGGAAAGAAUGUCCCUUAUAGAUCAACUCAAGGCUUUGGAAGAUAAGCAUUGUGCAUCAAGUGAAGAUGAACAACAUUUUGAGAAACAUCUUAAUCUUGAAAGGAGUUCUGGCAUCGUUGGUGAAUAUGAAAACGCGGAGUUCAGCAUACAUUAUAAUGAAUUUGAUGCAGCUAUCACAAGAUUCAAGCUACAAGACAGGAGAGCAGCAAUGAAGAAUGAAGAAUGAAUUGAUGAAGGCUUGAAUUUUCCCCCAAAAUUUAACAUUAUUUACGCGAUGCAAGGAAUAAUGUACAUCAUCCUUCUGUUAACAGGUCCUUUUACUUAAACUCUGUGAUUAGCAUAUUAAGUUACCAACUUUCCAAAAAUCUCAAGGUCGUAGGAAGAAGAAUACGUGGAUCGUGUUGUGUUAACAGCAUUACAAUGAUAGUACUCUUUCAUUACAUUUUCUAUCAUUUCAAGAAAAUAACUAAUAACAGUUUUUGCUAA